AGGCCUCUAGGUGGCGCAGGUGAGUCUGCAGUGAGGGAAAGCCCCUCGGCAAGGGCUGAGUUUCCAAAGUGCAGACAGGACGGGAACAGUCGAGGAGGAGUCCCGAGAAGCCCCGUGGAACAGAAGGAAAGAGGGGCUGACGGCAGAGAGGUGCCUCGCCCCCCGCAGCUCUGCCGGCCUCCAGCGACGUUGAGCACCUGCUUCUGAGAGCAGUGCCGGGCCGCCAGCUGAGAACCCUGGUGGCCCAAACCGGGACGGUGCCUGGCUUUCUUCAGGGACCAUCUUCUGCUUGGAUUAGAAACUGCCCCUCCAGGUGAACCCGCAGGCGAGGAUGGCCCACGUGGGAGGCUGCAAGAGCACACUCUGGCUCCCCGUCUUGGUGGUGUCUCUGAUGUGCUCCACCAGAGCAGAAUACUCCAACUGCGGAGAGAAUGAGUACUACAACCAGACCACUGGGCUGUGCCACGAGUGUCCCCAGUGUGGGCCGGGGGAGGAGCCCUACCUGUCCUGUGGCUACGGCACCAAAGAUGAGGACUAUGGCUGUGUCCCCUGCCCGGCGGAGAAGUUUUCCAAAGGAGGCUACCAGAUAUGCAGGCGCCACAAAGACUGCGAAGGCUUCUUCCGAGCCACCGUGCUGACACCAGGGGACAUGGAGAAUGACGCUGAGUGUGGACCUUGUCUCCCUGGCUACUACAUGCUGGAGAACAGACCCAGGAACAUCUACGGCAUGGUCUGCUACUCCUGCCUCCUGGCGCCGCCCAACACCAAGGAGUGCACGGGAGCCACCUCGGGAGUUUCUGCCAACUCCCCCAGCACCUCUGGCAGCACCCUCCCUCCUUUCCAGCGCGCCCAUAAAGCAGAGCUCUCGAGCCAAGGACACCUGGCCACGGCCCUGAUCAUUGCCAUGUCCACCAUCUUCAUCAUGGCCAUUGCCAUUGUUCUCAUCAUCAUGUUCUACAUCAUGAAGACAAAGCCUUCUGCCCCAGCCUGCUGCACCAGCCAGCCCGUGAAGACUGUGGAAGCCCAAGUGAGCAAGGAAGAGGAGAAGACAGAGGCCCCAGACGGUGUGGUGAUUUUCUCUGAGAAGGACGAAUUCGAGAAGCUGACGGCAGCACCAGCAAAGACAGCCAAGAGCGAGAACGACGCUUCAUCGGAGAACGAGCAGCUGCUGAGCCGCAGCCUGGACAGCGACGAGGAGCCCGCCUCCGACAAGCAGGGCCCCCCUGAGCUGUGCCUUUUGUCGCUGGUCCACUUGGCCAGAGAGAAGUCGGCCACCACCAAGUCGGCUGGGAUUCAAAGUCGAAGAAAAAAGAUAUUGGAUGUGUAUGCCAAUGUGUGUGGAGUGGUGGAAGGUCUCAGCCCCACAGAGCUGCCAUUUGAUUGUCUCGAAAAGACAAGCCGAAUGCUCAGCUCCACGUACAACUCUGAGAAGGCUGUUGUGAAAACGUGGCGCCAUCUCGCCGAGAGCUUUGGACUGAAGAGGGAUGAGAUUGGGGGCAUGACAGAUGGCAUGCAACUCUUUGACCGCAUCAGCACCGCAGGCUACAGCAUCCCAGAGCUGCUCACAAAACUGGUGCAAAUAGAGCGGCUGGAUGCCGUGGAGUCCUUGUGUGCAGACAUACUGGAGUGGGCUGGGGUCGUGCCACCUGCCUCCCAGCCACCCAUUACACCCUGAGGACAGCCUGUGGACUGUCCUCCCUGGGGUGCACCAAGGAUCUAAUGAGGGCUCUGGAGCUGUGAGCAGUGCCAACAGACUGCCAAGAAUCAAGGCUUUUUCUCCUAUGUCACCUAAGGCUUGGAAUGUCUUAGGCUAUUCCAAGGAACAAGAGGAAUGAGGCCUGUCUUCCAAACUAACCAAAGGUAAGAGAUUAGAGCUGGGCUACUCCUAGCUACCCACUGGUACCUCACCAGGCAGAAUGAAUGUUUACUCAGCCAGCCAGUCAGCCUACCAAGAACUCUGUCAGGGGACAUUGUUGGGUUCUCAAAUGAACCAAACAUGUGGAGAUUACAGAGGUGAAGAAUCUGGUCCCUGUCUUUAAGGAGUUUACAACCCAGUGAGAGAGAGAAGACGUGUGCAAACCACUUUGCUAGAAGGCAUCAAGCAAUCUGAAUGAGGAGACGUUAGAAAAUGUAAUGAAAAUUCUGAGAGAGGGAGAUGCCUUCCCACUAGAGCAAUGAAGGAGGGAAUGCUCGUGAAGAAAGGAGCUCAAAAGUUUGGUACAAAGGCCAGAAAAUACAGAUACCCCACUCCAUGUAUUGUUUCAGGUUCAGUACAAGUCUGUUAAUAUCCUAAGUGGCUUCAUUAGGAUAACUUUGCCUGUUCUUGAGGUUUUCCAUGUUCCUACAGCCCUCUAGUCACUAAUUCAAGAGCUCACUCUAUCGCCUGCUUGUGUUACUGAUAUGCAAGUUGUGCAUUUGUCCAAUCAAGCAGACCUGUGUGGUAGCCAAUGACACUUACUGCAUGAGUCCUAGGCCUGGGAAUACAAUGGUUUUGUAUUGCACAUCAAUUGCCUUCAACUCUCAUUCUUAGUCAGAUUUGACCCCUUUCGAGCAGCUAUUGCUGCCCAAGGACACAAGUCAUUAAGUUAUGUGUUAGGCUAUUUUUGCUUCAAAGAGAAAUGGGUGGUCAACUCUGCUUAGAAAGGAAAGUGAUGACUUCCUAAGAGGUCAGCCAUGUAUAAUUGUAGAUUUGCAGAGUAUCCAAGUCUUGUGGGUGAGCCUCAUGGGGUGGGGGUUUCACUCCAGCCUCCUGAGCCAGUCAGGGAAAGGGGAGCCCUGCAGUACAGGGAGAGCCUGGGCAUGGAGUCCAGGGACCUGGUUCGAGUUGUGCCAACUUGGGCCAUUUUCUUCUCCCUCCCUAGCCCUCAAUUUCUAUCCUGCAAGUGAGAGCUUAGUCUCUGAUUCUAUAAUCAGGAAAAGUAAGAAUCAGGGGAGCAAAAUGGAAAUUGAGCUCCUUGAAAUGCCAGGCCUUCAAAGGCACUCCAUGUGAAUACAGUGUGAGUAUCAAGUAAAAUGGGAAUAAAAACAGAAAAACUCA